CUUAAAACAUGGAUUUUUCAUUUAUAUUCACAGAAUUCAUUAACACCACAGUCGUUUAUAAAGUAUUGAAGAUUAAUAAUGACGAAGAAUAGAGCUCAGUUUUAUGGUCCAAAUGGAGAAUUAUUUCACCCUACAUUAAAAUUUCCAGAAGAUCAUAACGCUGAAGAGGAUGCAGAAGUUUUACAUAAAGCAAUGAAAGGUUGGGGAACUGAUGAAAAUCGUAUCAUUGAAAUUCUCGGCCAUCGUGAUGUUUAUCAGAGAAUCCAAAUACGUGACCAAUAUAAAGCAUCAUUUGGACAGGAUUUAAUACAAAGAAUUAGUGGUGAAACAAGUGGUCAUUUUAGAAGUUUACUUAAAAUGCUUCUAACUGAAACUGCUGAAGUGAAUGCUCGUGCUCUUUACAAAGCAAUUAAAGGCGGUGGAACAGAUGAAGAUACAAUUAUUCAAGUAUUGUGUACAUCAACUAAUAAUGAAAUUAUGGAAAUUAAAGAAGCUUAUCAAUCUGUGCUAAUAAGCUAUGGGAUCAAUGAUCCUACAAGAACUCUAGAAAGUGAUGUUGAAGGAGACUUAAGCGGUUGUUUCAAGAAUUUAGUUAUUGCACUACUUCAAGCUCAACGUGAGGAAGCAGAUUUUGAAGAUGUGCAGAAAAUUCCUACGAGAGGACUUAGCAGUGUAGUGAAUAUGUCACAGGUGGAAAAGGAUGUUGACACUAUUUGGAAUGCUGGUGAAGGGCAACUAGGAACUGAUGAGUCAACUUUUAUUAAAAUUGUCGCAAACCGAAGUGUCUGGCAUAUACAAGCAAUUGCAAAGAAAUUUGAAGAGAAAUAUGAAAAGUCUUUGAUCGAUUCACUUGAAUCUGAGACAUCAGGGGAUUUUGAAAGGGCACUUGUACUAACCGUACGCUCAUGCCUAAAUCGCCCAAAAACAUACUCUGAUCUAUUAUAUAAAGCUAUGAAGGGUCUUGGCACAGACGAUGGUACACUGAUGCGUAUAAUUGUAACUAGAUGUGAGAUCGAUUUGAAGUCAAUCUGUAAAGAAUUUGAAUGUGAAACUAAUAGUACAGUUGAAGAAUGGAUACGUGAUGAAACAUCUGGUGAUUAUCGAAGUCUAUUACUUGUCUUAAUUGGUGUUGAAUAAAAACUAUGGGAUAUAGGUUUGACACAAAAUUACAUUGUUUCCCAGCUUAAAAACCAUCUAAAACUAUUAAUUGAUGAUUUUCUUAAUAGAAAAAUAAACGCUUAAGGUGCAAAUACCCUUUUUUUUUUAAGAGUUGUUAAAAAAACUUUUUUUUCUGUUAUAUUUAAUCACUUAUUUUCUUCACUUCAAACUUCAUCUAACUACAUCAAAUUGCUUAACAUUAAAUAUUCUUUCAUGGA